ACGUUUCGUAACCUGUGGUAUUUUAGAAAGCGCUACGUGAUAUCAUGAAGCUGGCACCUAUUUUAAUAAGUUUGUGAGGGACCUCAAUAUUUUACAGAAAUUUUAUGUAGUGUGGACUUGAUAGUUAAAUUUGUGUGACAAUUACAUUGAAAUCGUACCCUAAUUAUCUACCUGCAGCAUGCAUUUCUUCUCUGGAAUGCGAGAAACUCUGCCCCUGCUACUCCUUUUUAUCGUACUACAACAGGCAGUGAGUCCACCUGUGACCCAGAAAAAGAAGGGCCAUGAAGACAACAAAGUCGACGAGGAAGGUGAAGAUGACCCAAAUGGUAUUCUGGUUGAAUAUAACCGAUACCUAAAAGAAAUAGUCACAGCCUUGGAGAGUGACCCAGAGUUCAAAACGAAGCUGGAAAAGGCUGAGGAGAGCGACAUUCGGUCAGGUAAGAUUGCUGAUGAGCUGGAGUAUGUGAAUCACCAUGUUCGGACCAAGCUCGAUGAAAUUAAACGCAGCGAGUUGGAACGCCUCCGUCACCUAGCUACCAAGGAAUAUGAACUGCGCCAUGGAUUGGACACAGAACAUCUAAAAAUGCCACCAGAGCAUGUUGAUCUUUCCAAUCCACACACCUUCGAGAUUGAAGAUUUGCGGAAGCUCAUUUUAAAGACAACUGCUGAUAUAGCAGAAGCAGAUAGAAAGCGUCGUGAAGAAUUCAAGGAGUAUGAAAUGCAAAAGGAAUUUGAAAAGCAAGAAAAAUUGAGGAUUUUGGAUGAAGAACAUAAAAAGCAGCUGCUUAAAGAUAUCGAAGACAAAAAUGCAAAACAUAAGCAGCAUGACCCACUACACCAUCCAGGCAGCAAGCAGCAACUUGAGGAAGUGUGGGAGAAGCAAGAUCAUAUGGAUAAUCAGGAGUUCAAUCCGAGAACAUUUUUUCAUUUGCACGAUCUAGAUGGUAAUGGUGUGUGGGAUGCAGAUGAAGUAAAAGCCUUAUUCCUUAAAGAACUAGAUAAGAUGUACACUCCAGGUGAGGCAGAGGAUGACAUGCGGGAACGUAUUGAAGAAUUAGAGCGCAUGAGGGAGCAUGUCUUCAGAGAGGCUGAUACAAACAAGGAUGGGCUUAUCAGCUAUGAAGAGUUCCUAGCACAGACACAGAAGCCCGAGUUUGAGAAGGAUGCUGGCUGGGAGGGUUUGGAUGAGCAGCAGGUCUACACCCAGGAUGAGUACAGAGAGUUUGAGAGAAAAAGGCAGGAGGAGAUACAGAGAUUGAUAGCCCAAGGGGUGAUACCGCCCUAUCCCAAUGGCAUGCCCCCACCGCAUCCUGGAUUCCAGCAGGGUCCUCAUGGACAGCAGCACCACCAGCAACAGUUCCCCCCACAGCCACAUCCAGGCCAACAGAUACUUCACUAUGACAACCAGGUGCCUCAUUCCAAUCAAGUGCCACAAGGACAGAUGUAUCCACCUGGACAAACAUACCCUGCUCAAGUACCAAUGGGACAGUUUCAUCCAAACCAGCUGGGCCAAAUACCACCUCAGGUUCAUCCUGGACAGGCAUCAGCCCAGGUCCAUCCUGGACAAGUGCCACCUCAGGUUCAGCCUGGACAGGCACCGCCCCAGGUCCAACCUGGACAAGUGCCAUCUCAGGUUCAUCCUGGACAGGCACUGCCCCAGGUCCAACCUGGACAAGUGCCACCUCAGGUUCAUCCUGGACAGGCACCGCCCCAGGUCCAACCUGGACAAGUGCCACCUCAGGUUCAUCCUGGACAGGCACCGCCCCAGGUCCAACCUGGACAAGUGAAGCCUAGUCAAAUACCAAUACAGACUCAACAAGGACAAAACAGUAAUAUAAAUUUCCCAUACCAACAUGUGCCUCAGCCAAUUCCACAGUUGAGGGAUCCAAUUGAUGUGAAGCAGUUAAGCCAGGGUGAAGCUCAUGCUAAUGCUAAUCCAGUGCAGGUGGAAAAAGUUCACUAAUUGCAUGCUUCAUCGCAGUCUUAUAAAUCACAGUAUUUUACUGUUUUAGUCACUUCAAAUUGCAGUCAAAUGAAAAGUUUGAAAAUUUAAUUUUAACACUGCAUCAUAAUUAAAGCUGAAGAUUUGUACACGUGGAUUUUUAGAGUAUUUUUCAUUAUGUUUCUGACGGAACACAUGAAAUAGUAAUUGUAACUAACAUUGUGAUUUUAUUUUGCCAUUUUCCAGUCUUCUUCUUUUAGCACUGGCUCUCCUAGGUCUGUAACUGAAAUGGAGACAUGUGAUAUAAUUUUUUUUACAUUGUGCUUCCUAUAAUACAACACUGACUUAUCUUGCCUUAUUCUAUCAGUGUUGAUUUGAUAUUCCAUACUAGGGAUGAAGGGUUAACAAAGGUUAAUCAGCUUAUUAGGCAAUGUCAAAUCAUUCUGUGGAAUAACAAGCAAGAGCUACACUGGGACUAUGACGUACUUCGCUCUAAUAUUAACGGAGGAGGCAGCCGUUUCUCUUCAAAACUGUAUUACACGUGAACAGUGAGUUUUUUAAACAUAUGUUGAAAUGUAGAACAACUAACUACCAGUUAUAUAGCUGUAAACUACUCUCAAGGUCAUUGCGUAUCUCUUCUCAUGCAAUUUUUUCAAUCGGUAAUAAAGCUGUAUUUUAUUUUAUCCUUCA